AUUAAAAGCGCUGUUCGAUUUUCUUCGUCGACUUCUGCCGACCAUUGUAACAUAGUCGUUGCCAUGUAAUCGAUUGCUUGGCCGGCCGGCCGGCCGCGGUUCAUUCGUGGGUUCUUACGCGAGGAGUCGGUGGUAGAGGGUCGGCGGCAGACGGUGCGAAACGCCCCAGAAUGCUGACGACGAACAGCGCCUACGGUUGUCGCAAUCAUCCCUUCGUCGAUAGCCCGACGAGUAUCACGACCACUGGUAAUCUCGCUACGACACGGCCGAAAUUCUCGCCGAAGACUACCUCGAAGCUGAGAGCGUUGUCCGGCAUCAACAAUUGUGCGGAUCCGGCGUGCGUCGCGCGGAUGAAGCGAUUGAAAAAUAGGAAAACAAAUGGCGCUUCAAGAAUGGAUUUAAGUAAGAAGAAGCCGGCGGAUUACACGGAGUUGGCAUACAGGGAAGCUAUAUCGAAACUGAAGUACUUGUUGGCUGAAUCCUACGCACCCACAGCGAUGUCCGGCACAAAGCCGCAGAGCAUCAGAAGCAUAUACAAGAACAGUAAUCCACGGAUUAGCGAGUCCGGAGAAGACACAGACGAUCAAAGCAUGAUCAGCGGCAGUUUUCGCAGGAAGGACCUUGCCAGGAACACAAUCUCCAAUACGUUCCCCCUACUGUCGAAAAGCAUUCAACCGUCGAAGGCGUAUAGUAACAUUGCGCUCUCCAGGGCUGAUCUCCAGUCCAUUCCGCCGGAGUUGACUUCUUUUAUCGAACGACAGGAGGAUUAUAUCGAGCAGCUGGAACGAGAAUCUCAAUACUGCCGGGACGAAUUGAUUAAUCUGCUGAGCAAAGUCCGAGAGGUUGUAGCCGAAAACGAGGCGCUUCACAGCAAGAAUAAAGCCGCAUUGUCGAAAUGCGCUCUACAGGACCACAAGGACUGCGCCGAGACGAUUCACGAGUGUCGUGAACGAGAUGCGGUGAACGAUCACGAUGCUGAUAAUUCGGGAAGCAAGAAGGAAAAGCCUCUUGUAGGACCCAGCAUAGUCUUCGAGUCGAGAAUCAGCGAAUUGGAGGCGCAGUUGACGCAGACGAGGCUGGAGUUGCGGAAGGCGCAAGAGGAGAAUCAAGCAAAUUUGAAGCGUUUGUCCGAUAGCUGUUCGCACGAAGGCAGUCCCGAGCUGCGAACCGAAUUGGACAGGGCUUUGCGCGCCAAGUACGAGGCCGAGAUGAAGUUGGAGGAAUCGCAAAAACUGUUGUCGGUCGCAAGAGACAAGGAAACCGAGGCGACUCAGAGAGCGAAGCGCACUAUGGACGACAGACAGCAGAUUGAGUUUGAAAGAAACCAGAGCGAGAUGGAAAUACGGCGAUUGAAGGACGAGCUAGAGAGACAACACGAGAAGCUGCGCGAGGCAGCCCAGGAAGCGAACAGACGUAUAACCGAAGAGAGGCAGCAGCUGGAACGUCGGUACAAUCAGCAAGUCGAACAACUCUCCGCGGACAUCGCCUCUCACUGGGAAAUCGCUAACAAAUCGCAACUGGAGUCUGAGAAGCAGCGAAGAGAGAUCAAUGAGCUCAGAAGAGAGUUAUCCCAGAAACAAACGUCCAGCGAUAAUCUAAAGAAAGAAUUGCAGAACAAGAUCUCCACCCUGCAGAGUGAUCUCAAUCAAGCCUUGAGUGAAAAGGACGCAGCGGAACAGGAAGUAUUGACCGGCAAAUUGGCAGCCGAACGGAACGAACGGCAAGCCCGUCAAGAGCAGAGUAGAUUGCAGACUGAGAUCAAUUCGUAUAAGCAACGUUUGGAACGAGCGGACGCCGACCUGGUGCAUUGCAGACGAGAAAAUCUCAGACUGUCGGAGCAGAUAGCAUCUUUGGAGAAAGAGAUAAGUGUGAGCAAAAUCGCUCACCCCGAGGAUAGCCGUAGCCAAGUUACACCUAGAUUGGAAAACGAGAAGGAACUGACUUCCAUGAUAAUGGACAUGGAAACUAAGCAUGCUGCUACGGUGGCGGGCCUAGAAGACGCCUUGAAUAAUCAGGCUACGCUCGUCUCGAGACUGACUGCCGAAUGCCAAUCUCUCACACAACGUUUGGAAGCUAACAAUCUUAAACACAAGGAAGAAAUGGCCGGCUUACAAAGCAACAUAGAACAUUUAUCGAAUAAAAUACAAGGCAGCUUUGCAAGUCAUGAAGGAGAAACUUCUAUGGAAAUUAACGAUGGCACGCCCGCAGCUUUUCAAUAUAAUCGUACAAUGGAUUCUGUAGCUCCACCGUUGUCGAAUGAAUUAUCGACCGGUGAAAAUGAUCCUUCAGUUUCGCGGUUUCAUCAGACAUACGAAGCCGCAUCUCCCGGCCAACAAAUGACGGAUGAAGGUUCUGAAAUGUAUUCGAAGAGGAAUGAUCAGUCGCAGGAAUUGUACGGCUUAUCAGACGAUCAGCAGCACGCCGUAGGAAGUGACUCCGCACCGAACACAAUCGAAACCACGGGAAUAUAUCAACAUCAAAAGGACACUCACAGUGAUGAACGAGAGUAUACUGCGAACGAUCCGAACAUGGAUACUUAUAUGACAGAGCAAGAUUAUAAUCAAUAUAGUGGCUAUAAUACCUCGCAGUAUCAUGAGGACCAAUAUGUCAAUAACGAACAAUUCGAUAUUACAGCGGAGCCAAUGGAAGAUAAUCAAACUGUCUCUAACAUGACCGGACCUAAUACCGAAAUCUUGCACUAACAUACUUUGUGUUAACAACAUACAUGCAUAAGUAAUAUAAUAUUUGUGAACAUGUAUCCAGAUAUACGCAAAAUACAAAACAAUAAAUAAACCGAAGUGAU